AAGAAACGGCCUUACAAGUAACGACAAAACCGCCAUCACACUUUUUGUUUCUCUUCUUUCUCCACUUUCUACUUCCACUUCCCCCACUCAUACUCCGCCAUGAAAGCAUCUUCUUGAAAACCCACUUUCUUCCUUUCCUUCUUUUUGUUUCUGAUCAUUUAACACUUCACAGUUUACACUGCUACGCCUUACUUGUACUGUUUUGUUUCUGCUUUCCUUGAAAAGGACUCGACAAGUGAAGAUGGGUAGGGUUUUAAAAGGGAUUUUGUGGUUCUGGGUACUAGGCAUUGCAAUUGCAGAAGCAAAGUAUGUGCAAUACAAAGACCCGGAACAACCGGUAGGAGCUCGUGUUAAGGACCUAAUAAGUAGAAUGACUUUAGAAGAAAAAAUUGCUCAAAUGGUACAAAUAGACAGAUUGAUUGCCACCCCUCAACUUAUGAAGACCUACUCCAUUGGUAGUGUACUGAGUGGUGGUGGGAGCGCACCACUUCCUGAGGCGAGCGCUGAGGAUUGGGUUAACAUGAUAAAUGGGUUUCAAAAUGGGUCAUUGUCUAGCCGUUUGGGGAUUCCAAUGAUUUAUGGUAUUGAUGCUGUUCAUGGACAUAACAAUGUUUAUAAUGCUACAAUAUUUCCUCAUAAUAUUGGGCUUGGAGCUACCAGAGAUCCUGAUCUGGUCAAGAGAAUUGGCAGUGCCACUGCUCUUGAAGUUAGAGCCACAGGGAUUCCUUAUGUCUUUGCUCCAUGCAUUGCGGUUUGUCGGGAUCCAAGGUGGGGUCGGUGUUAUGAAAGCUACAGUGAGGAUCACAAAGUUGUGGAACAGAUGACUGAGAUUAUACCUGGUCUACAAGGGGAUGUACCUGCCAAUUCUCGGCGAGGAGUUCCUUAUGUUGGUGGAAAGAAAAAGGUUGCAGCUUGUGCAAAGCACUUUGUGGGUGAUGGUGGAACAACCAAGGGUAUCAACGAGAACAACACAGUGAUUGACAUGCAUGGGUUGCUGAGCAUCCACAUGCCUGCAUAUUCUGAUUCAAUUAUCAAGGGUGUUUCAACAAUCAUGGUGUCGUACUCCAGUUGGAAUGGGGAGAAGAUGCAUGCAAACCGUGAGCUAAUAACUGGCUUCCUCAAGGGUACCCUCAAGUUUAAGGGUUUUGUUAUCUCAGAUUGGCAGGGUAUUGACAGGAUUACGUCACCACCACAUGCAAACUACUCAUAUUCUGUCCAGGCUGCAAUUCAAGCAGGAAUUGACAUGGUCAUGGUUCCAUUCAACUACUCUGAGUUCAUUGAUGAUCUUACUCAUCUGGUCAAGAACAAUGUUAUACCUAUGGAUCGCAUUGAUGAUGCUGUAGGAAGGAUUUUGUUUGUCAAGUUUACCAUGGGCCUCUUCGAAAACCCUUUGGCUGAUCUGAGCUUUGUCAAUGAACUUGGAAGCCAGGAACAUAGGGACUUGGCAAGGGAAGCUGUGAGGAAAUCUCUUGUGCUGCUGAAGAAUGGAAAAAAUGGAACCGAUCCAUUACUACCCCUUCCCAAGAAAGCUUCAGCAGUUCUAGUUGCUGGCACUCAUGCAGAUAAUUUGGGCUAUCAAUGUGGUGGAUGGACAAUUGCAUGGCAGGGAUUUAGUGGCAACAACUAUACAAGGGGAACUACCAUCCUUGGUGCCAUAAGAUCAACAGUUGAUCCAAGUACAAAAGUUGUCUUCCAAGAAAAUCCCGAUAGCAACUUUGUAAAGUCCAAUAAAUUUGCCUAUGCUAUUGUUGUUGUUGGUGAGCCGCCUUAUGCAGAGACUGCAGGUGACAGCACAGACCUCACAAUGAUGGAUCCUGGUCCAAGUGUUAUAAACAAUGUCUGUGAGGCUGUCAAGUGCAUUGUUGUCAUAAUCUCUGGCAGACCUAUUGUGAUUGAACCGUAUGUUUCCUCAAUUGAUGCCUUGGUGGCAGCAUGGUUACCUGGCUCUGAAGGCCAAGGCGUAAGUGAUGUCCUUUUCGGAGAUUACGGAUUUACUGGAAAACUCUCAAGAACAUGGUUUAAAAAUGUAGAGCAACUACCAAUGAAUGUUGGGGAUUCACACUACGAUCCACUCUUCCCCUUUGGCUUUGGACUUAAGACUGGAUCAGUUCCAAGUGUUGUGGCAAGGUCAUCAUCAGCUGGUGUUGUUGGGAGGCCAUCUAUCCUUUCUGUCAUGAUUCUUGUAAUUUUCUGUUUGUAUAUAACAGGUACAUUUUUAACCUGAGUGACUAUCAACUAGUUAGCUGCUUCUGAUGAUUGAAUAGAUGAUGUAUUCUUCCUGAACUUUCAAUGAUGAGUUUCCACCAUUUCUGUUUGAUUAAUGAAUGAUAUAUCCAACUUUAAGAUGUCGAA